AUGGGGUUUCGCAUUACCACAUGGAAUGAGAGUGUUACAUACAUGCUGACGACGCAUCGUAUUUUAGUCAAUGGUAUCAGCAAAAGAAAUCCGUUUUCUUAUGAGCCAUGGAGAGGAACGCGGACAUUCGAGUCCAUGUUCAACAUACUCGAAGCCGACAUUGUGAUUCUGCAAGAGACAAAGAUUCAACGCAAAGAUCUCCGGGAUGACAUGGUCCUAGUGCCAGGAUGGGACUGGUAUUCUGGCGUUGUUAUUUAUACGCGCAAUGCCACAUGUUCUCCCAUCAGAGCAGAAGAGGGUAUCACCGGAGUUCUUUGCCCACCGAAAUCAUCAACCUCUUUCCGCGACCUUCCUGAAGACCAACAGAUCGGCGGAUAUCCAACAUCUGCCCAGCUUUCUAGGCCCUCUGUAUGUCCUGGAGUACUGGAUUCAGAAGAAGACCAGGAAAAUGUGGGUUCGAUAUCCGAUGCCAAGAUAGAUGCACCAACCCUCGACUCCGAAGGGCGCUGCGUCAUUUUGGAGUUUCCUGCCUUUGUUCUCAUCGGCGUCUAUUGCCCUGCUUAUCGCGACGAGAGUCGAGAUAAUUUCCGUAUGGAUUUUCUCAAUGCCCUCGAUUCUCGCGUCCGUAACCUCAUUGCAAUGGGUAAACGGGUAAUCGUGACCGGGGAUAUCAAUAUUUCGAAGCACAGCAUUGAUGCCGCUCAUGGGAUUGAGGCUAUACGGAAAGGUACGAUGACAGAGGAGGAAUUCAUAUCCAGCCCUUCUCGGCGUCUAUUCAACCAAUUGACAACGGAUGGUGUGGUCAUCGGCGAACGUGACGAAGGCAGGGAACAGCCGGUUCUCUUCGAUGUCUGCAGAUCAUUCCAUCCAGAUCGCACAGGCAUGUAUACAUGCUGGGAUCAGAAGCUCAAUGCUCGACCAGGGAAUUACGGCUCGAGGAUCGAUUAUUUAUUGUGCAGCUUGGACAUGCAGGACUGGUUCUCAGGCGCAAACAUCCAAGAGGGAUUGAUGGGAUCAGAUCACUGUCCCGUGUACGCUGUCAUCAAAGAUUCUGUGAAACAGGCCGAGGGCGAGAUAAACAUUCGGGAUAUUCUCAACCCAGCAGGACUGUUCAACGGUGGCAAGCGUCAACGGGAAUGUUUGAAUGAAUGGGCAUUACCCGCCUCAGGGCGUUUACUUCCCGAAUUCGAUAUCGAUAAGCGCAGGAGUAUCAAGGACAUGUUCGCGCGCAAAUCAAGCAAUGCUCCACCAAAGGCGUUAAAACUAGCUGCUAUACCGGCUAGCACAUCCCCGACUGAAGGCACGGAUUCUAUGACCAUGCAUAAAACCUUCGGAUCCAAUGACUUGAUUGGUAAUGCUUCUGCCUCUAUCACUGAAAGGAACCAAUCUUCUCAAACAUUUCCCCGCAAACGCUCCCAGCCUUCACCGUCCACAUUCACUAAGCGUCCUAAGUCCACCGCAUUGACAUCUUCUAGCGUUUCUGCAUCAGAUCAGAAGACGCUGAUGAGCUUCUUCAAGCCUGAGGCUGUAGAUGUAUGUGGAGCUACUCAGCCACCUAUGGAUUUACCGGGUUUGGAGACACCAUCACUGUAUUUUCAACAAUGUGGGCCGUCACACGCGGUAGGAAAGCCUCCUGGCAUUGGUAUGCACUCUCCACGGCUGGAUAAAGGGAUUAUGACAGACCAGAAAGUCGACACUUCUACCGAAUCACAAAUGGCCAGUAAACCCAAGGGAACGAACCCUGGAUUCAUAGAUCCGAUUGCUAGCAAGGAUGAUUGGUCAAAGCUUUUUGCUAAAAAGUCCGUGCCUCCGUGCGAUGGACACCAUGAACCAUGUAUUAGCUUGACUGCGAAGAAACCUGGGAUGAACUGCGGCCGCUCGUUUUGGAUUUGUCCCCGGCCACUGGGCCCCAGUGGCGAAAAGGAACAAGGUACCCACUGGCGUUGUCACACAUUCAUCUGGGCCAGUGAUUGGAAAUCAGCACCUGCAACAUAUGACCAAUAA